AGACCACUCACAAUAUUGCCAUGGCCUCUCAAAUUUUGCCCUUAGAACUAAUUGAUAGAUGUAUUGGCUCACGUAUAUGGGUCAUCAUGAAGAGCGAUCGCGAAUUCACUGGCAAACUCUUGGGUUUCGAUGACUUCGUCAAUAUGGUUCUCGAAGACGUCACAGAAUACGAAACAACCCCUCAGGGGAAGAAGACAACGCAACUAGCGCAGACGCUUCUCAACGGAAAUAACAUAUGCAUGCUCAUACCUGGUAGCGUAGGACCUGACGAGGAAGGCUAAACUGGUCUUACUUGUAGCGUUACAUUUCUUGCAAUAAUGACAAGAUUCGGGGUGUUUCCCA